CGGACCACAAAUAUAAACGGACAAGAAACACUACGCAACAAACAUGGCGCUGCCCGUAUUCAGAGGUUGUUGUCGUCUGACAGUAUCUUUCGGAAUAAAACGUUUAUUUACUGUAGACAGGUAUACACUGAUCCGGAGCCAUAUACCGGGAUGUUCUUCCACAGCUGCUCGCCUUUCAGUGACGUUAUUUCGGCCUUACAGUUCAGACAGAGAGCCUCAAAAACAAAGACAAAAAGUGGUCGUAGUCGGUAUCCCCAAUCCGUUCAUUUGGUUUCGGACCAAAAUUUACUAUUUUCUAAUAAGGGCAUACUUCGAUAAAGAUUUCACGAUUGAAGAGUUCACGGAAGGAGCUCAACAGGCCUUCACACAUGUUUCCAGACUUCUGUCACAGUGCCAGUUUGAAGCACUAGAAGGGCUUGUAGCAAAAGAUCUCAUUGGGAAACUGGAAGAAAAAUGUAACUUAUUGCCUUCACAUUACAAGAAGGCCCUUUUGGCAGAUCCAGAUGAGAUCAUGUACACGACUCCUGGAGACGUCGGCAUUUACUAUGACGACAGUGGUCGUAAGUUUGUAAGUAUCUUGAUGCGUUUCUGGUACUUGACCAAUGCAAGACUUCCUGAUGACUCUUUGGAGGGAACCCGCGUUUUCCAAGUUGCCAUCGGAGGAGAAGGAGACGCAGAGACGAAACGACUACUGACUGCAAACUAUGAAUUUCAGCGUGAAUUCACCAAAGGAGUUGACCCAGACUGGACCAUCACACGGAUAGAGCACUCCAAGCUUUUGGAUUAAAGUCAUUUUGAAUUUUAGCCAUUUUCUUGUCAUUUCAACAACUCUUUUAUGAGACUGUUAAUUUUUCAACAAUGACAAAGGCGCAGGUCAGCUUCUACUAUAUAAAACACAGAAAAUAGUAUGCAUUUUUAACUUUAUUUACUACUCAAUGAAGUUUGAUUGGAAAGUAUUACAUUAUCAUACUGUAAAGGUCACUUGGUUUCUUUUCUGAAGAUAGUUCAGUCUUUUAUUUGUAUGACCUCUGGAUGGAGCUGAUUUGUGUCCCCAUUAAACCAAACCAUUUCUGUUCAGUUCAGUAUGACUGAGUUUACUGAUAUGGAAUGUACUCUUAUUAUGCUUUAUGUGUAUAUAAUUAAACAUGACAGUUUAAUUAAUUUAAGAAAAA